CUCGCUGAUUUUGGUUGCUUUUGGUUACGUUUGGAAAGAUCAGWUGGUGUACGGGCGGAAGGGAAAAGAAUUGGUUUAAAUUAAAUUGAUUUAUAAACAGUUCAGUGUAUGUAAAUUAGUUAGUGUUGUGGAAACUACUUUGCAUAAGUUCAACAAAAAGUUAAAAUUUAUAAAAUCUAAUAAAAUACAGUGGAAUCUUGUGAAAAAAAUCAAUACAUAAUUUAUUAGAAAAAAUAUUGUGUUGCAGUAAUAAAAAAUAAAAGUGAACACAGUGCCUAGAUGCAUUACAGUUUUUUCUUUAUAAUACGAAAAACAUAUUAGCAACUUUGUAAAAAUAUAUAUAACUAAAGACAAAAAAGUCCGAAUCACACUUUAUUKGCAAUGACGCAAACUACGGCAGCUGGCUCAGGGGGUUCGAAUGUCAGCAACUUGAUGACGACAAGUAGUACACCGAUACGCAUUGGGAGCGGAUUGAGCAGCUAUCAUGGUAACAGUUCAGCUSCUGUUGCUACUCAUCAUGCAAUGACCGGAAAUGAUUCAUCUUCACCCGGUGGUGGCGGUAGUGCUGGCACUGGCACAUCUGCUGUGCCUCAAUCUAGUAGUGUACCAUCUGGGGCUGCCGAUACUCUACGUCAGCAAUUGCAAAGCCAAAUUUCCUUGUCUAUGGGCGCCUCCAAUCAGUCAUUAGGUGUUAGCGCUGGUGCUGUAGGAGUUUCUAGUAUAACACCACCCAACAGUGCCGGUCUGCGACAGACUGGAGCUUUUGAUUUCAAGUUUAUGCGGCGCGCAUCUUCAAAAGUUCUAUUGCCAAAACUUCCGUCCACAGAUAGCUUGAGCAACAGUCCGGGCCCAUCAUCGCCAG